GCGUUGCUGUCAUAGCGACAUAGCGCCCCACCCGAAGGCACAAGGCACAGUCCUUUCAGUUUUACAAAGGCAGUUUCACAGCAGCGCCAGCCACGUGCCCUCCGCUUACGCCUGCUUCCCCUGCGCAACGAAAUGCCGUGCAAUGGACGCGCUUCAGUUGCUGACCACAGCACAACCGUGUGCCCCGCGACCGCCCUGACCGCCCAUGGAGUAUGGGAGUCGGCCCAUGCAACGAGGCCCUAAAUGCUCGCUUUGCUGUGUGCAGUGUUGGCGAGCGCGUAGGCAAGUCGGUCCCCUGGACGAUAUAAGGCAUCCCUGUAUUAGCGCCUGUGAAACCUGACGGUACUGCCAAGGAACCGUCACAGUAGCCGUGAGGAAUGGGACGUGUUGUUGUUCAUCGCCCCGCUACACGUGCGCAACCCCUUCACUACAAGCCAUCGCCCUGAUCCGCUGGUCCGCUGCACCUAACCACAUGAGCCCGUUCAAACUAGUGCCCAUGCCCCGUUUUAACCAGCCGACGCCAUGCGACCCGCACGACACAACGGUGUCCUUUAGCGAUAGGUCAUCAACUUCAAACCGCGCUAGCAGCAGUGAUGAUGCGUGUACUUUGCACGUGCGGCGUGCGGCGCGGCAAUCCUCGCAACUACCAACACUUUAACUGACACACGGGGAUCACAAACGGGCUUUCGCGCAACUGCCAACAAACAGGGGCGGCGCGUGGCGUGGUGCUUGGCGCGAGUGGGAGCUGACAGUUGCGCGGGGGCACGUGUGGGAAGCUGCUGUGGAGUACGGCGGAGCUCUGCAGGCUGUGGCGGUUGGCGCGCAGUGCGAGUGGGAGUGCGUAGUUGGGCAGCGAGGCGUGUGGGAAGCUGCAACAGGAUACGGCGGGGCUUGGUGGAGGCUGGUGGUUGGCGCGCAGCGCGAGUGGGAGUGCAUAGUCGUGCGCGUGCCGUUUGGGAAGCUGCGUGUGUGAGCUGCGUGUAAACUCAGAGAGACGCAUGGGGCUGACCCGGUUUCCAUAAGCUGCCUCUGAGCGCACACGGUCUCACACGGUUGACAGUUGGGCUGCAGCGCGGGCGGGACGCCAUGAGAGUCGCUGUUGGCCGAAAACCGAACUGCACUAGUUCAUGGUGAGAAACAAGAUAUUGUUAA